CUGAAAUCUUCAGGCUCUAAUUGAGGAGUGCCAGGAAGACGCACCUCGAACCUAUACAUAGAUCUUCGUUCCUCGGUUUGGUUGCUGUGUUCCACAAUCGAAAGAUUUGCGUCGCAAAAGAUCAAAAAUGUGAUUGCUUUGUGUGGUUCGUUGUUUUGAAUUGGUUGUGGUCUUCUGCCGUAGGUUCCUGAAAUUGUGUUUGUUUCCGUUCUGACGUUUGUGUAAGCGAAAUAGAAGAGUAACGCCGCGUUCAUCUCGAUGUAAUUAUAUUGGUAGAAAGUCUAUAUAGAUAUUUAUGCCUAGGGCAUUAUCCCGUAAACCUUGAUUUACCAUUGUCCACUCCAGAUACUUUGGAAAUAAGAUUGCAUAGAGACAAGAAUAGUAAAAUUGAAGUCGAAGUUGUAUAUUCGGUCAUAUGGUUUUUUCGAUCCGGUCUUGUUUAUCUUCGUUGUCGAAACACUGAGACUAUCUCCUACAACUAAAAAGAACUAUCUGCUCUCGUUAGUGCUAUCUGCUCUAUCUCCUCUGUAAUUGCAGGGACUUUCUAAGCCUAACGUCAGCUAAAGCACUGGUAUUUUCUCUCCAAAGCUAACGCCACCCUAAAAAAAUAUAGUCUUCGAUUUCGUCGUGGUCACAGAGCGCUAGAAGAGGUUUUCGGUUUGCUUCUGCUUUCUUCCUACUCGUCUUGUGGAGUCCGUCUUUUGGAGUGAGUCGUUGCGGUACCAUCUCUGGUUGACCUCGUGUGGAUUCCAGUGUGCAUCGUUGUUGGUGUUGUUCUUCGUGCUUGAGCUUGUGUGGCUGUGGUCGCUGUGUGCCACUUCGUAACCGAGACAGGUCGUACUUGUGUGGUCGCUGUGUGCCGCGUCGUAAACCUCGUAACCUAAACUGGAGGUAGGUGAGUCUCUUCGAACUGGAAGGUAAUCCCUCUAUUAACUGGAGGUACGUGACUGUGUCUCUUCGAAUCUUCGCAGUAGCCUGAUACUACCUUCGUUGGAGCAAGAUGCAGCCGUUCGGGGACAUCGGCGGAAUCGAGCAAGUCGAGAAUGUCGACACUUUCGAAAUUAUGAUGAUCAUGUUUGAUUUGAAACCAACUUUUCUAUGAUGAAUACUUCCUUCCUUGUUGCCUUCAUCAUCCUUCUGAAGUCAUAGUAGAGAGUAGUAGGUACAUGUCUAUCUGUACAGCCCUAGUGUACAACGUGGUCAGACUACCACUAUCUUCUUAGUGUUAAAAUAGAAGGCACUGUAUUCAAAUACAAAUGCCGUCCCUUGUCGGAGAAAUCAAGAAUAGUAACCCCUUUUGUUCUCCUGUUGGUGAAGACAACCUCCACACCAUGACUUCGAAUGCAACUUCUCUGUAUUCGAGAUCGAACAACAGCAAUGCUACUUCUCGGAUCAACCGUCCGAGAGGCGGCAACAACAAAAAUUCCCCCAACAACAACGGGAACACUCAGAGAGUGAGCAACAACAACUCCCCCAAGAAUCCGAAGAAGAAUUCCUCCAGAUUGAGUAACAACAAUUCACUGGCUGAAUCCUUAUCUUCGUCUGAAUCAACACCCCCCUUCAUAUCCGACGACAUGAUGGAGCUCAGCGGAACGGUGAAGUCCUACAGCCUGGCUCAAGGCUACGGAUUUAUCGAAAACGUGGACGACAUCGUGGAUGGGCAGGAUGUGUAUUAGUUAUUUUUGUUUUGAGAAAAUGUGGAUCAUGAGAUAGAAGUGGAAGAUGGGCAGGAUGUGUCUUACAGUUUUCUUUCAGUAUAUUAAUGUUGACGACUUAUGCAUAGAUUGAAGAUGACACGUAUAUGUAAAACGUAUACAGUGAUGUGGUCAUGUGGCUAUUGUGAUUUCGGUUUACACUGGCACAUUUUUUUAAUGAUGUCAUUCUCUCCUGUUCAUGACAACUGACUCAGCUUCUUGAAACUGUUGUAAAUAUCACUCUCAGGCGUUUUAACCGCAAAGACUUGCCAGGACAGCUGACAAACACCCAGAACUUGCAAGGAGUAUCGUUGCAUUUUCAAGUAAAGCAAAACCGAGACGGAAAAUACAGUGCGUUCAAUUAUGACCAUAUUAUACUGUAGCAAGCAUGUGCUGAAGAAGUUGAUUAAUUUGUUACCAUCUGCUCUCUCAUGAUAGACAACUUCCAAGAUUCUCAGGUAGAAGGAAACUCGAAAGUGCCCUAAAAGAAAUGGUUUCGGUCGUCUGCACCCCGUUUCAGUACGUAGAUUGAAGGUCGUCACGGUUGAAGAACUCAACACAAGCAUCUCUAACUCCCCAUCCAAGAUCCAGCGUCUUUGCCAACGUUUAGCAGUACCUUGAAGAGCUGGAAUUCGCAGAAGGGUUUUGGGUUCAUCGAGUGUCCUCCAGAGCUAGAGGAAUUGGUCGAGACAGAAGGCAGUGGGAAGAGAGACAUCUUUCUACCUGGGAAAUUCAUUUUAUGAACAGAUCUUUGAGGUUGAAAACUUAUGACCCGUUAGGUGGUUGAAUACCGCCCUCUUUUGACUUCGAGAUUAAGGAGCACAUGAAUGAAUGAAGUUCAAAGUGAAGAUCUGUUAUGUGACUAUGUACUAAUGUCAAAGUGAUCUGUUAUUUGACUAUGUACUAAUGUUGGAUGGCACGACCUAGACCUAUUGAUUAUCGCUAGAGGCUGAGGCGGUCAGCAAAUUAGGGUCUCAUGAGAUACUCCUCAUUUCAAGUUCUGUUUUCUUCCGAUUUAAUAGUUAUCACUUGGUUAUAACCUUGAAGACCACUUUCUCUCCCCUCCUCCUACUACUCCUCCCCCUUCUCUUUCUCUUUCUCCUCCUCUUUCUUAUCUUCCUUGUCCUCCCAUAUACCACAAAAAAUCAUUCCCCAUUGCUUCCCCAUUCAUACUCCGUACCCGAAAGCCACAGAAGGCAUGCUGACUUGGCUGGGAUGGCGGUUCGGUUCUCAGUGGAAAAAUCAAACCAAGGACUUUCAGCCAACUUCGCAAGAUUUGUCGAUCUUCCGUUGGUAUAUCAUACUUUUGUGUACAACGAUCUGGAGACUGCGAUGCAUUCAUAAACAGACAUGCAAUGAUCCUUCACAAUCGAAAUAACAUCAGAUAACAUCAAACACGACCAUCAAACAGAACGAAGUUGGCAGCAACGUGCCAGUUGGACAAGCGGGUAAACGGAAAACAGAUGAGGGGCAGAAUGAUCCGAAGAAGCGGCGCAAGCUUAUGGGACAGAUCCCACCUGGAAGGCAUAAUGGGUACUACAGAGACUUCUCCCAUACAAAUCAAAUCCUUGGUUAUUUCAUGUGAAAUUCGAAUUCCUGUAGAAAUUGUCGAACCAACAAAGUUUUCUGCUUCUCCAGCAGCAGAUCACGACAACGUUUUAUUUUCACCCAAGGCCUAGCCCUCCAAUCAAUUUAUUUUCACACUAGUUUAUUUAUGACACGAAAACACCAACUCCAUCUUCAGGCGAGUAAGCUCAUUCGUGCAGGGAAAGUAUGGGUUUAUUAAUUGCGAUAUCUUGGACCAAGAGCUCUUCUUCCCGGCAGGCGAUACGAAUCGGGAGUGGCAAGCUGGAGAACCGUGUAGCUUCGAAAUCGGCACAGAUGGAAAAACGGGAAAGCUCAGGGCAAAUGGAAUCUCGGUACUUUGGUUUUCAUUGAAAGGAUAUCUCUCGUUGGGGAUCAUGGUUUGGACAAGUCAUGAUUUGUUAGACUUGGCAUGGUAUCCAUUUGCUUGAAGAGAAACAAACAAGAACAAAUUAGCUGCACCAAAAACAGCAUCAUCUUCUAGCCCCUCUCCAUCGAGCAUCUAGCCUCAAACCUCCUCUCCAUCGAUCAUCUAGCCUCAAACCUCCUCUCCAUCGAUCAUCCAGCCUCAAAGUUCCUCUCCAUCGAUCAUCCAGCCUCAAAGUUCCUCUCCGUCGAUCAUCCAGCCUCAAAGUUCCUCUUUCCAAAUCCUCUCUGCACAGCCACAGCUAGUGCCGUCGCAGAGAGCAGUAGCUGGUUUUGCGAGUGCCGGGACCGCGAUUACAGGGAACCUAGAACGCGCCAAACAAGCAAUCUCUGCAUGCAAUGUCGCCGAGUUAUCGGAAUUGAACCUCUUUCUAGCCCAACAAAUAUCUUUCCGGGCUAUGAGAAGGUGAUGAGGAGGUGCGUAACCCUAAACCCUUGCUGAACUCAGAACUCUCUAUGAGAACCUCAAAAUCUUAAUGAUAAAAGUCACUCGAGGAAAGUAGGAAGGAGCUUGAAUUUUUUAAGUGAAGCUGAACUAAAGUGAUGUCAUCUGUACAUGUGAUUUUACUUGUCCAGCUGAAGCAUUGACAUGUUGAAAAUUCAUCUGUCAAAAUGCAUGCUUUCUUUGCGCCCACCCCAGCUGGUGCGUCGAACGAUUCGAAAAAUUUGUAAUUGUAUUGUAAAAGCACGUGAAAAACGCAGCACAUGAAAAACCCCAGAAUUUAAAGACCAAAGUAGCUGUGCAUGAGUGGUACCAUAUUCACGGACGAUAUGCACUUCUCGCCGAUCAAAGUAGCUGAGCAUUAACUAUUCAUCGAUAUUCAUUGCAGCGAAUAGUCUUGUCUGGAAGGAGGUGGAAAUCUAUACGAUCGAAGAUUCAUGACAGACUUCGAUCAUCACAAGACUCUAACGAGCAACAAUCAAAGUUGGGGAUCACGACGCCCAUCUUUGAUUAUUCUACAUUCGUCUCUUUCAUCUGAGAAAAAGAAAAUGAGAAUAUAGAGACAUCAACGAGCCCCAAUUGUCAUCUGGUGGCAAAAGUACGCUCCAUAUUCAGACACUACAAGAAAGGGUUUUUUAUGGCGUACACUUGUACCCGAGCACGGAAGCUCCUCUGCGCGCACAGAUAGAAUGCGCGUUCAAAUUGAAAUUCUAGGAGGCGUUACUUGAGGACGAG